AUGGUUCUCUGUCACUUUCGCGACCUCCCUGCUUCCCAUGACCUAAAAUUGAUCCGCUAUGCCCAAUCACUAACUCAUAUAAUUAGAAUUUUAAAUUUUACAGACAGAGCAUAUUGGGAAAAAUCUGCAAAAGCAGAUUUAGAAGAUGGUCUGAAGACAAGACUAAACACUGAUGUAGCGAAGAACGUUAUCAUCUUCGUCGGCGAUGGGAUGGGGCCCAAUACCAUCACAGCUUCCAGGAUAUACCGAGGAGGCGAGACCAGCUACCUUUCCUGGGAGAGGUUCCCCCACUUCGGUGCUCUGAAGACUUACGCUGAAAAUAAACAAGUUCCUGAUUCAGCAAGCACAGCUACAGCUAUGUUUACUGGAGUUAAAGUUAACUACCGUAUGUUAGGAGUUGAUUCAUCUGUCAAAGAGAGAGACUGCGAGGGCAGCCUCAUGGCAGAGAAAAGACUCACGUCUAUUGCUAAGCUCGCACAGCAAGCCGGGAAAGCAACAGGUAUUGUUACCACCACACGUGUCACACAUGCUACCCCAGCAGCGAUGUAUGCACAUUCAGCAUAUAGGCAUUGGGAAUGUGACUCUAAUAUCCCAAAAAAUUCUAAUUGUAAAGACAUUGCAAGACAACUUAUAGAAGAUGCUCCUGGAAAAAAUUUUAAUGUUGAAGGAGGUAUGAUAGAUUUGGCUCACCAUCGAGGCAAGGCCCGUAAAGCUCUUCAUGAAGUUUUGGCAUUUAACGAUGCAAUUAAUGCAACAAUGAAACUAUUAAAGGAUUCUGGAAUAGUAGAUGAAACUCUUGUUAUUGUAACUAGUGAUCAUUCUCACACACUUACAAUAAGUGGAUACCCCAACAGAGGAAAUAAUAUUCUUGGUAUUGCAAGUGUAUCACGACUUGAUGGGUUGCCUUACACCACUCUUGGUUAUGCAAACUCUGCCAAAGAGAACUAUCAUUACAAAGUAGAAAAUAAUUCUGUUGUCCGUGAAGAUCCAUCUAAAGUUGACACUACAUCUUUCGACUAUGGAGUUCAAGCAGGGGUUCUUCAAGAUGAAAAUACACAUGGUGGAAGGCCAUUUGCUCAUCUCUUCCAUCACAUGCAUGAACAGAACUAUGUAGCAGAAGUAGUUAAGUACGCAGCAAAACUUGGAGAAUAUAACUCCUUCUACAACACAACAGAUAAAAUCAAUUCUGCAUCUACGUCAGGCUCAUUUCCUUUGAUGACUGCCUUAAGCCUGAUUUUUAUAACAUUUUUAUCUGUAGCCACUCUUUGACAUCGAUCAAGAAUCAUUUUUGAUUCUUAAACAUGGACAUUCAAUGUGAUCUGAACAAUAAUUAAAGAUACUGUGAUAAUAUUGUAGAUCUGUAAAAUGAUUAGACUCCGUUUUAGUUCUUGUUUAAAACUGUUUCAAAUGAUUUGUUUAAAUGUCAAGUUGACUUUGGAUUCAUAUAUUCAUUAAGAUUUUUUGUCAAUUAAGAGAAAAUGAAUUUUUAUAGAUGAAAUAGCACUAUGUUUCAAGCCCUAAAUUCAAUUUAUGUGAGAUAUGAUCCACAAUUAUUUUGUUUUGCAAUAAAGUUUAUUCUUG